GAGAAUUCCUUUACUAGAAAGAGACGGAACGAUUGAGUGAUCUUCUUUGUCAGAUGCUGACAAUAUUUCGAUGAAGUACAAGCGAAGGCGUGGAAGUUUACUUCCACCCGCAGCUGUGGUGUGCAGAGUAGCUUGCUGGUGCACGCGAUGUGUGGCUCCGACGCUUUUGGAGUUUGAAUGUGGUGGACUUUCAGAGGCAAGUGGGCGUAGAAAAAUGUUUAACAUGUUUCCUGAGAUUAUAAGUGAAGAAUUUGGUGUCUUCUUUCCCAGCACAAAAGCGUUCCUGUCUGGCGUUCCCUGUUCCUGGCGUCGCUUUUGACUCGUUUUGUCUCCCGUCUCGUCCUCCCUGGUACAGCUGGCCACGAGCAGUGUGACCCCCCUCGCGUUCCUCUUUUUUUCUCGUUUUUUUCUCUGUUGUUCUGCUCGUCUGCACGUUUGUGUUUCAUUCCAGUUUCUCGCUGCUUCCUCACGCGAUUCCCUGUAUUUCGUGGCUGAGAUCGCCAAUCUUCUGUUCGCUUCAGGAUGCUCGCCUGAAUCCCUCAGUGCUUUCUCGCCUUGUUUCCGCCUCUGUCUCGUCUUAAAUUACACGCGCAUGCACUCGAGAAAAGCUCCUCUCGCUACCAUGGCGCGCGAAACGCCUCCGCCUUCUCUCACUCUCGUCGUCUUGCUCGCAGCCGAAGUGCCUCUCGACACCCCAACAACGCUUGAGGCUCCGGAGUCGAUUUCGCGGGUUAUUCUUCCUAGAUUUCGGCAAUUCCUGAAAACGAAGCACCCUGAGAAAGCGAUUCGCGUCGUCCCCGUCUGGUCCGAAGAGAGUCUUCUGAGUCAGAAGGAGGCACUUGCAGAUGCGACUGCGGUGUUCGUGCUUGAUAAUGACGGCAGCUGUUUGCCUGCGCUCUACGCACAUGCGAAGCGUCUUCGCUGGCUGCACAGUAUGUCUGCUGGCGUCGACUGCUUUUCGUUUUUCCUCAACUCCACACCGUCGCACAAGAGCGCCUCUCAAACGCUCGCCGAAGAUCCCGGAUUCCUCGUCACCAACGGCAAGGGCGUUUUCUCGCGACCCCUGGCAGAGUAUGUCGCCGCUGCGAUGCUGCACUUUGCCAAGGACAUUUGUCGCCUGCAGAAACUGAAACACGAGCGCUCGUGGAACCCUGCGCCCAUGCACCAGUUGCGGGGAAAGACUGUAGGCUUUCUCGGUUACGGCGACAUUGCAAGAGAAACAGCGAAACUCCUCCGGGCUUUUGGCAUGCGGUGUGUUGCCAUGAAACGCUCGGCGAACUCUGAAGAAAAUUCACUUGCAGAAAAAGUAUGGACCUCCGCUGAUCCAGAUCGUCUCGAGUUCUUUAAGAUCUCAGACUUCGUCGUUUGCUCUCUCCCGGGGACGCCUGAGACGCGCCACGCUGUGGGAGCGGCUGAGUUUUCUGCGAUGAAACCCUCUGCUGUUUUCGUUUCGAUUGGUCGAGGCUCUGUCGUCGACGAGCAUGCACUCUUGAAAGCGCUGGAGACGAAGGCGCUCGCGGGGGCUGCUCUGGAUGUGUUUGCCACGGAACCGCUGCCUGAAACGUCUCCUCUUUGGAAAGCAGAAAAUCUUUUGAUUUCCUCUCACUGCUGCGACUGGGUGAAAGACCAUAGCGCGGAAGAGGCUUUUCGUGUUUUCGAGGAGAAUUUUCGUCGUUUUUUACAGGGUGCACAAACUCAGCAAGACAUGUACACACCAAUAAAUAAGCAGCUGGGGUAUUGACCAUGGCAGCAAGAGCCUGUCUGUUUUUUCUGUCUGAAUCUCUCUCUCUAUCUUUCUGUGUAUGUCAGUCUGUGUGCGUCUGUCAAUCUGUGUAUCUCUGUAUCUCUCUGUAGCUACAUCUCUCCCUCUACUGAUCUGUUCCGUACUCUCAGGAUCUGCCGAUCUCAGGAUGUCUUCUGAAGACUAACGACGUUUCGUCGCGUGCACUCCCGUCUGCUGCUCCUGUCAGACAGCGUUUUAUUUCUGCGUGUGCGAAUAGUCUUUGUCUUUCUGUCGAACGAAAAAAGAAGCAACGAGUUGUCCUUGGGAAUCCAGUUCCUUUUAGA